AUGAAUUUGAAACCGGAUCAAAAACGCGUUCAAAUAUUGCUGAUCGAUACUAUAGCGUCACUAUGUCGAAAUGGACUAAGUUACCACAAUGGCAUCGCCAUUCAGGGCGUCAUCGGAAUCACCGUCGACAAGUCGGAAGUUUUUUUGGUGCAUAUUAAUCAAAACUUGUCAAUUUGUGACGACGGAGAUGGCAAUGAUGGAUCGACAGGUGCAACUAAAGAUCAGGCAGCCGAAUUUGAGUUUUUUGAGUCAGACAAAUCAAACCCUAAACAUUUUUCCAAGGGGUCUCCUGGAAAUCACAAUUUUAGAGCUGAAAAUUAUCAAAACAGUCGACGAAGAUUAAUUCCUACAAACGUCAACAGCAGUAAUAAUACUAACAACAGUAACAACACAAGUAACAACAUUAAUAACAACAGUGUUUCUGAUGAACAAGAUCACAAGUUUCCAUCACCACCAUCCUUUAGCAAUCCCCAGCAGCAGAUGCACGAUUACAAACCACUGAUCUACCAGCCAAGUUACGAAUCUCCUGUCAACUCUAGUCACACUAGUUCAACUCCCAAUGUUAAGUCAAUUAAGAUUGAGCCACAUUUUUCUAAUACUCAGCAGUCACAGUUUUCUGGUCACCACAAUAAUAGUGGCAGCAGUGGCAGCAACAACAACCUCCAUGCCGGUGCAGCCAACAUCAACAAUCCUUCAGUCAAUAAUGAUAUAUUAGAGAAUGAUGACAGUGAUUGUUACAUUAAUGACAGUCAAUUUCUGAAUACUAAUCAAAAUUAUGGCUACAAUGCUUCUCCAAGAGGUUCAGGAUGCAGACGGACCAAUAGGAGAAGAGGUGGCAGAAGAGGAGGGGCCACACAAAACCGUCAGCCAAUGGUAAGACAGGGUGAAAAUUUUAAUAUGUCCACUUCUUGGGGCGAUAUGAUGACCACAAGCUUUGUGUGCAAGGUAUGUGGCCAGUCGUUUGUUCACAAGUCCAACCUAUUAGGACAUCAGAUCAGGAUUCACGGUCGACAGAAGAACAAGCGAGGACGCCCACCAACAAACAACAGCAUCAACCUCAGCAACGACAACGAAACAGUCAACAGUAACAACAACAACCACAACAACAGCACCGACUACCACAAUAGCAUGAAUAACAUGUACAGUAGCAUGUUGCAUGGUGGCAACCAUGACGAUGAUGACGACGAUGUUCACGAUCAGGAUGACAACAUGCAAGAUGGCGCCAUCAGCGAUGACAAUAAUGUCAUCAAUCCUCAAAAUUUCAACAACAAUAACAACAACAAUGCCAAUAACUCCAAUAUCGUUGAUAGCAAUUUUCAACAACAAAAUGUCAAUAGAAACUUCCAAGUCAUGUCGAAUUGGUAA